GAGGAGAGCAGAGUUCUGAAGAUCUGAGAGCAAGCGAAAGUACACGGAGCAGAUACGCAGAAGCUGAAACUGACUUAGAGCGCUAGAGCACAAGAGACCUGCAACUCUACAAAACUGACUGACAGGCAGAGCGCUCCGGAGCAGGAGACUGCAAGGAAGCCUAGUGGGCAGAGAGAUUUUCCCAGCUCCCUAAAGACACCUGAGCUCCGGCCAUGAAGCUCUUGACAGGACUACUGCUCCUGCUGCUCCUCGUGUUCUGCUGCGUCGGGGUGGAGGGGUCAAAAUGCAAAUGUUCAAGGAAAGGACCAAAGAUAAGAUAUAGUGAUGUCAAGAAGCUGGAAAUGAAACCAAAGUACCCUCACUGUGAAGAGAAAAUGGUUAUCAUCACUACCAAGAGUAUGUCACGGUACCGGGGACAAGAACACUGCCUACAUCCCAAACUCCAGAGCACAAAGAGAUUCAUCAAGUGGUACAAUGCAUGGAAUGAAAAACGCAGGGUCUAUGAAGAGUAAGACAAGAGAAUCCUAAUAAAAAAGUCAAAUUUUUGGAAGACUUGAACAAAGGACUCUGCAGAAAAACCUUUCUUUCUCACAGACGUGUGACACAAAUAAUAUAUUGUUACAAAAGCACUUUUUAUCAAGGGUCAGUUUUUGCAUUUUAUAGCUGUUUGCAAAAGGCUUCCAAGUGUCCUAACCAUCUCUUGCAUUUCAGAGCUCACAACUGUCUGCUUUAUACUGAAUUUGGGAAAAUUCAUGCUUUUCAUUUUUAAAUGCCUUUUUGUAUUCAUUCAUCCAUCAUUAUUAUUGCAACUGAGCUUUAUAAGCUCAUUAGCUGAACAAAUAAUGUGUGGUAGUAUCCCAUAGUAGUGUUCAGUUAUUUGUAGCCCUGGGAAGAUUUCCACUUCUGAUUCCAUAGUGACUUUACACAGAGAGGAAAAUCCACACAGCUUUCAAUGGACCCUGACAUGAUAAUGUGUUGUGUUUCUAUACAAUAUGGGUCCACACAGCUAGCAGAACUGAAUGCGCAUCACUCUUAUAUAUGUUCUUUGCUGAAGUAAAAGCAGAUUGCCAUGGAAACAUGCUUAAUUCCCAGUUAAUUUUUACACAUAUUGGGGGUAGGGGAGAAUAAUCUUGAGCUAAAUUUACUUCUAAAGAAGAUGCUGGAUUCUCGCAUCAUAAGGGAAAAUGAAAAGUACAUUGCUCCAAUCUCACAUAUUUUAUGUUUCAAAAACAAUAUGCUUUUUAGCUUUCUUCGUAAAAAUCAUUCAAAGGAACAUACACACACACACACACACACACACACAUAUACACACAAACAUAUGUGUGUAUAUACACAUACAUAUACACACACAUGCACCUAAGCACACAAAUACACAUACAUACAAAAAAUGUGAUGUCCCCAGAAACACACAAUCUCUGUCAUUGUGAAUGUAAUGCUUCCAUGGUUAAUAGUACAAUUUUCUCUCUUUUUUAAAAGAUAAAGUAACAAAACUAGCUUUCCCUUUGUAAAUAUACUCUAGACAAACUGUGUAUCAUUAAGUAUCAUGUAUUACAUCAUGAAGUUAUCAUAUGAUAUUUAAAUACCUGAAAUAAUUAUGAAAUUGCAUGCAGUUUUCAUAUUCUUUCUAAGACAAAAAGGAAAAAGUAAUAAACUAUAUUUAAAACAUA